AUGAGAAUUAUUGUCAUUUUAAUUCCAUUUUCUAAGCAAGCCUAUGCUUCUGAACUUUUUCGAGAAGAGCACCAAGCUAGAGGACUUUCUACCGUUAGUGCAGCUUGGGGUGUAGGCUUAAUUGUUGGCCCAGCAAUAGGAGGCUAUUUGGCUCAGCCAGUAGAAAAGUACCCACAAAUUUUUCCAAAGGAUUCCUUUUGGGACAAGUUCCCAUACUUCUUGCCCUGCUUUAUAAUAUCAGUACUUGCAUUUACAGUAGUAAUUGCCUGCAUCUGGAUUCCGGAAACACUUCACAAUCACAAUGGUAGCGAAGAAUCCAAAGGUGAUGCGGAAGCUUUAGAAAAUGGAAGCAGUAAAGAAAGAACAGUCCAAAAGAAUGAAAACCUCUUCAUGAAUUGGCCUUUAAUGUCAUCUAUCAUUGCUUAUUCUGUCUUCUCACUUCAUGAUAUUGCUUAUCAUGAGGUUUUCUCGUUAUGGGCUACUAGUCCUCUGAGGCUAGGGGGUUUAAACUUUACAACGGAUGAUGUUGGUGAUGUUCUUAUAAUUUCAGGAGUUGCACUUUGCAUUUACCAAUUUUUCAUAUACCCUUCUGUUGAGAAAGCUUGUGGACCAAUUGGCUUUGCGCGAAUCACAGCGAUUUUUUCUAUGCCACUUUUGCAAAGUUACCCCUUCAUAGCAAUGUUGUCUGGCAUAACCUUAUACAUUGUGAUUAGUAUUGCUUCCAUCCUCAAGAAUAUUAUGUCUGAGACGAUUCAAACAGGUUUAUUCCUAAUACAAAACCGAGUAGUGGAACAACAUCAAAGAGGAGCAGCUAAUGGAAUUGCUAUGACAUCAAUGUCUCUAUUCAAAGCUAUUGGACCUGCUGCAGGUGGUACAAUAUUAACUUGGUCACAAAAGCGUAUGGAUGCUUCUUUCCUACCUGGAACUCAAAUGGUGUUUUUCUUCCUUAAUUUAGUUGAAGGACUUGGAAUACUUUUGAUGUUUAAACCAUUCCUUGGUGAAAAGAAGAAAACAAACUCAGACGAGUUACAAUGAUAUUAUACAUUGAUAAUGUCUUUUUUUUU